AUGCUGAAAUGGAACAAGCCUAUCUGCCCAAGAAUAUUUAAGAAGGUGGAGGGAAAUAAAGCUAAGGUAGGUGCUUGUGUGGCAAUGUGGUCAGGUGGAGUCAUAAAUUAUAAAGGGGGUCUUAAUGUCAUGGAUUUUGUGGAUGACUGCUAUUUGACAACAAUUUACUUCAAGACAUGUAGAAAGAAAGAAGAUGGAGAGCACAAGGGUAAAAUGAAUAUGAGAGAGUCAAGCAACCAAGCUGAAACUGCAUUGUCUCCCAUUCCCAACACACAUUACUCUCUCAAAUUUGGACAAUGUGGUAAAAAGGGGCACAAUAGGAGGACUUGCCACAGGAAUCUUCCCUCAAAAGCCAAACCUGCAACUAAGAGGAAGAGGGGUACUGAAAAUACCCAGACUAUUAUUGAUCCAUCUCAAGCAGCCACUUCAGUUGGUCUAAGCACCAUAAAGAAAAGAUCAAAGCCUCUUGUUGAGACCCAAAAAAUCCAAGGCUAG